AUGACAUUGGGUGUCAAAAGUGAGAAAGAUGGCGCAUCGUACGACGAUACGGACGCACUUCGAAUUUGUGUCGAGGUCACGUCGGGACUUGACCACAAUUCUUUUGAGACCAAUGACAGCCAUGACUUUGUCUCGUCGGAACGAAGUGGUAAGCGACCUCGGCGUGAAGAAGCCGCAUUGUUCUUGGAAAAGACGUACGAGCUACUGAGUCGCUGUCCACCGGAACUGGCGAGCUGGACAACAAACGGGGACAGUUUUGUGGUGAAACAACCGGUGGCUUUUGCCGAGCGCGUGAUCCCCACGUACUUUAAACACCGCAACUUUAGCUCGUUUGUCCGACAAUUGAACUUGUAUGGAUUCCGAAAAGUGCGUUCGGCAUCUCCAGUGCUCGAGUCUGGAGCUGAACCGGAAGGUAUGGAGGAUUCGAGUCCUAGAGGCUGGUGGGAGUUUCGUCAUGAACGCUUUGUGCGAGGAAGAAGAGAUUUGUUGGGGGAGAUUCGAAGGCGUUCAGCUACUGACGCCAAGGUCUCGGCUCCUCCUGGCACUCCAGUGGAUCGUGUCGAGUUUGAUGAAUUGAGAGCGGAAGUGGGAGGACUGCGUGAGGAGAUUCUCAAGAUGCAGAGGACCAACCUGCAGCUAACGGGGCUGUUGCAGACCGUACUGCAACGUUGCAGUGGAGCGGAGAAUGAGGGGGAGACAAGCAGGAACCGAUUUGAGUUCGCUCAAACUACUGGCUAUACCGACUCUCCUCCUGUAGCACAGGGUCGACCCAGAUCCCUGCCCUCGAUAGCUGUACCCAGUCCAACAGCUAGUACAAGUGUCACAGCACCGCAACUAGCCUUGCUGCAGCUACGUCAAGGACAUCAAGCAAUUGGUACACCGCGUGACAUCAAGACACCUCGGACUCCGGCCUCGAGGUCUUUUCAUUUACGACCGGUGCACUCGCUAAUGGCGAAUGUAAGGCCAAGUAUUCGAUCGAGUCCGAGCCCGAGUCCGAGAUCCAACCAUAAUUAUGAGACCACUCCUUCGUAUAGUCAGCAACAGCAGGAACAGCUCAACAGGAACCAGCGGCGAUGGUACGAAGCCACCCCGUGCAGUCAACCAUCUCCGACAACCGUUCGCUCACCGCUUAAGCGACUUCGCGUAGACUCAGCUACUUCUAUUACAGACCCUCAAGCAGGUCUCGAUACUCACUCUACCGGAGAUGUAGCGGUUCGUGAACUAAGCCGCAUCGCUACAGAGAUCCGCACCGACCUGCUAGCCUGCAUCAUUGCGCGAGUUACAGGCUUUUUACGCGUCUAUCGUGACCAGAGCGGGCCAACAAGUGAAGCUGAUGCUGACGCAGUAGGAGAAGCUGUGGGAUCCGACAUUCGUCUGAAUCUUGCGCUGCUAAAGGUCUCAACGUCUGCGGAUCCGAUGCUGCUUGAUGUGAAGACAACUUGCAUGUAUCGUGUAGAGAUUCUCAAGUUCAUCUCCCGCGAAUUACCGCGUGCUGUUCAGGAUGCCAUAUACAGUAGGCUGCUAGCACCGGAAAAACUAAAACUGCACACAGCAAAAGACCGAUCUCUGGUGGCCUUGUUCGUGCAAAAGGCACAGAAAGCUCUCGAACGUCAAAUGCACACGGAAACUGCUGCCGUAAGAAGAGCACGUCGAUGA